UAAAACAAGUUGUGUGACUGGGUGAAGUGAAGUCCCUCUCCGUGAUUGUGAUUUGAAGUCAGAAUCUCUUCAUAAAUCGACAGUUUUUAUGGUACAUUAAUGUUCAUUAUCAAGCUCAGACACAAUGCUACUAACAGCAAGACUUUGUUUUCGUCUUGGGCCUUCUAAAGUGUUCCAAGAGGCAGCGCUAGGUGGAUUGAUCUUCGCACCGUCUGCAACUCGUCCGGUCAGCUCGUUGUGUAACAACAAGUGCUACCUCUGUCGGCAUCUGAGCUGUGUUGGUAACCAAGGUCAUUUAUGCAACAGUGGAACAAGGCAUAACCAACCAGACAUAAAAACAUUCUCCAAAAUCUCUCUCAGUCAGCGAUGUUACGCCACGAAAGCUGGCGGCAAGAACAGUGGUGACAAGAAAUCGCCUGUGACAUGGAAGACUGUUUUGGUGACGUUUAUUCUCAGUGGCACUCUAUUGGUCGGCUUUAAGUUUGCACAACGCAAGAAACAAUUAGAGGUUGAAAAAGAGAGGAGUAGAGCGGUUGGCAAAGCGGCCAUAGGAGGCCCGUUCUCAUUGGUUGAUCACACUGGGAAACCAAUGACAAACAAAGACUAUCUCGGCCAAUGGCUAUUGCUGUACUUUGGGUUUACACAUUGUCCAGACAUCUGCCCGGACGAAUUGGAAAAAAUGGCAAUAGCUGUCGAGAAAAUACAUAAAAGUCCCAAUCUUCCUGAUGUGACUCCAUUAUUCAUUACCAUCGACCCAGAGAGGGACACUGUGGAAGUGGUCGCAGAAUAUGUAAAAGAAUUUUAUCCAGGCUUAAUAGGGCUGACUGGAACAAAGGAACAGGUUGACGAAGUAGCGAGAAACUUCCGCGUCUAUCACAGCCAAGGACCCAAGGACGAUGAUAACGAUUACAUUGUGGACCACACAAUCAUCAUGUAUCUCAUGAACCCAGACGGGGAGUUUGUGGAUUAUUUCGGUCAGAACAAGAACGACGAACAAGUCGCUGGAGGAAUUGCUUCACACAUGAGGAAAUACAUGGCACUCAAGAACUGAGUUGGAAUCAGAACAACAAACUGUACAAUUCCACUUCUAUUUUUAGUUGUCGAAAUCAGAAUUAGACGAUUGUAACCAUAAGAACGUAUGGUAUAAAUGCAAAUGAAUAGAUAGUGGCCGGACGUUUUAGCCCUCGCAGAGUCUUUCUCAAAAGCUAAACGACAACACAACAUACAUGAUCAGGAAUAUGUACUAGUGUGUAACAGAAAAUUGGAAAGAAAUGGAGAGGGAGAGAGGGAGCCAUUUUGAACGAAAUGGAGAGGAAGAGAGGGAGCCAUUUUGAAAGAAAUGGAGAGGGAGAGAGGGAGCCAUUUUGAAAGAAAUGAAGAGGGAGAGAGGGAGCUAUUUUGUAAAUCUUGUUUCACUUUUAUCCACUUGACUUCUCUUACACCAGUCACUGGUUUUGUGUUGUCUUGUCAUAUGGCCUUUGACAAUGACUCUGCUUGGGUUUAAAAGUGGGACCAUUUAAUAUACCUGUAUUUUGCUUUUUUUAUUGACAGUGAAGUUUACAAGAAAGAGAGUGCAUAUUUGAAGGGUGGGUUUAGUAGGGAAGAAAUAUGAUAAAUAUCUGAUGCAACUUUUUAUAUAUAAUAAAUAUGAACAGAUUAUUUGUAUUUUUUUUCUUUAGUGAUGUACAAUGUAUAGACGGUGUGA